AUGCGUGGGAAAUGGGUUAUAACAAAGAAUAUGUGUAAAGAUAUAAUGAAUGUUUUAAAGCAAGGCAAGGCUGGUGGAAACACAGGUUUUGAUCCGCAACAUCGUGCAUGGUGUGUAAAAUAUUUUAGAUUAAGUAAUCUUGUUGACGCUGAUACUCUGUGUGCUAUUGAUACAGGAAAAACCGUUGUCAUGUUUGAAGCAUUUUAUCAUAUACUUCGUGAAGCUCAUGAACAAACUCGUCAUGGUGGUCGAGACAAGGUGCGCUAUAGAGAUUAUAACAUGACAAAAGCAUUAUCUGCUCGAUGA